AUGACCGACAUUGCAUCCAUUCUUGAGCGGGAAGGAAAGUACGAAAUGGCUGCGGAGAAAUACAGGGAGAUACUAGAGAUCCAGAAGGAGAUUUUGGGCGCAUCUCAUCCCAAUGCGGAUCCCGACACGCUUGCUAGUACGAAUCGCCUCAUGCUUGACCUCGUAAAGCAAGGAAAGUAUGGCGAGGCUGAGAAAAUGGGCUGGGAGAUACUUGCGCGACGACAGAAUGCACUCGGCCCAAAACACCCAGACACUCUGACGAGCAUGAGCAACCUUGCCGUUGUGCUAAAGAAACAAGAAAGGUACCCUGAGGCUGAGCAAAUGGCCCGACGCACACUGGAGCUACGAACAGGCGUACUCGGGCAAGACCAUCCGGACACGCUGAAGAGCCUGAACAACCUUGCAGUGCUUCUCGCUUGCAUGGGUGAAUACGGCAAAGCCGAGCUCAUGCUCAGAGAAACAGUCGUGCUCCGAGAAAAUCUUCUGGGGAAAGGGCAUUCUCAUACUGGUGUCAGUAGAGCCAACCUCGCAAGUGUGCUUGAGCUUCGAAGGCGUGAUGAUGGAAGUCAUGACGGCCGGUACAUGCGGGUUAAUCUCGAGAAACUGCAGCACAUCAGCGUAUCGGGGGUGAAUGAGCAGGCAGACAGUCUUUAG